CGGUGGAGAGAAAUCUCGCGAGAGCUUUGAGGCUGGCGCAGGACUAGUGCGGGGGCGGGGGGAAUGUCGCGAGAGCAGAGCUGCCCGGGCCGGGCUGGGCGAUGGAGAAGAAACCUCGCGAGAGCUGCGUGACCGGGGCGGAGGUGGCCCCUCUUCCCGCUUCCUUCCUCCUUUGCGCUAGUUCCGGUCGUAGGGGAGACGCCGCCGUGGUUGCCACCAUCCCGGGGCUUUCUGGCUCUUUUCUCUUCGCCUUAAAUUCGGGUGUCUUUUAUGAAUAAUCAAAAGCAGCAAAAACCAACGCUAUCGGGCCAGCGUUUUAAAACCAGAAAAAGAGAUGAAAAAGAGAGAUUUGACCCUACUCAGUUUCAAGACUGUAUUAUCCAAGGCUUAACUGAAACUGGUACUGAUUUAGAAGCAGUAGCUAAGUUUCUGGAUGCUUCUGGAGCAAAGCUUGACUACCGCCGAUAUGCAGAAACCCUGUUUGAUAUCCUGGUUGCUGGUGGGAUGCUGGCCCCGGGUGGCACCCUGGCCGAUGACAUGAUGCGCACAGACGUCUGCGUGUUUGCAGCUCAGGAGGACCUGGAGACCAUGCAGGCGUUCGCUCAAGUUUUUAACAAGCUAAUCAGGCGCUACAAAUAUCUGGAGAAAGGUUUUGAAGAUGAGGUGAAAAAGCUGCUGCUGUUCUUGAAGGGUUUCUCAGAGUCGGAGAGGAACAAGCUGGCCAUGCUGACUGGUGUGCUUCUGGCCAACGGGACGCUCAACGCUUCCAUCCUCAACAGCCUCUACAAUGAGAAUCUGGUGAAAGAAGGGGUUUCCGCAGCGUUUGCGGUGAAACUCUUCAAGUCCUGGAUCAAUGAGAAGGACAUCAACGCGGUGGCUGCGAGCCUUCGGAAAGUCAGCAUGGAUAACAGACUGAUGGAACUUUUUCCUGCCAAUAAGCAGAGUGUGGAACACUUCACGAAGUACUUCACGGAGGCGGGCCUGAAGGAGCUCUCUGAGUAUGUGCGGAACCAGCAGACCAUCGGUGCCCGGAAGGAGCUGCAGAAGGAGCUCCAGGAGCAGAUGUCCCGCGGCGACCCGUUCAAGGACAUAGUUCUAUACGUCAAGGAGGAGAUGAAAAAGAACAGCAUCCCAGAACCAGUCGUCAUUGGGAUCGUCUGGUCCAGUGUGAUGAGCACGGUGGAGUGGAACAAGAAGGAGGAGCUCGUAGCGGAGCAGGCCAUCAAGCACUUGAAGCAACACAGCCCUCUCCUUGCUGCCUUCACCACGCAAGGUCAGUCCGAGCUGACACUGUUGCUGAAGAUUCAGGAAUACUGCUAUGACAACAUUCACUUCAUGAAAGCCUUCCAGAAAAUAGUGGUGCUUUUUUAUAAAGGUAAUACCAAGUUCCCACGUGACGACAGUCUGGCCUUUGAUGUUGGGGGAGCACCCCACUCAGUGUCGCAGUCACUUGUGUCCCACUGUGACUGGUUGAGACACCUGCAUGGAGUCCUGCUGCAGAGACUGCUUCCUCUGAGGCCUUUGUUUCAGGGACCUGUACGCUAGCCUGGCCUCCGUCGGAACAGCU